AUGGCUCUCUCGAAGGAGUAUAGUCUCGGCCUGCAAUAUAUUCCAAAUGAUACUCCCCUCGAGGACAUUGUUCACCUCAUGAAGCGCGAUGGAGCCGUCGUCGUGCGCAAUCUCAUCCCAACCGAAAUCCUAGACAAGACGUACGACGAAGUCAAAGACAGGAUCAAUCAGGAUCUUGAAUGGGAUGGCGCCUUCUUCCCAAAGGAAACAAAACGAGCCCCGUCCCUGAUUGCCAGAAGCCCAACCUACACCAAGACACAAGUGAUGAACCCACUGUUCCAGUCUGUCUGUGCGUACUUCUUAACUACACGAAACACGUUCUGGUGGGGCGACAAACCCAAGGAGUCUGUAUCGAAGCCUCAAAUCACAUCGUGCGUGGCAAUCGAGAUAGGGCCCGGUGCCAAAGCGCAGCCUUUGCAUCGCGACUCAUACAUUCAUCACCGCGUGGUCCCUCAGAUUAGCGAAUGGGAUGAUGAACGUGACAAGGAUAGAGAGCCGACUAUUGGCAUGUUUGUUGCUGGGUGUAAAGUGAGGAGGGAAAACGGGGGGACGCAGAUUAUACCGGGGAGUCAUCUAUGGGCCACAAAACCAGAUAACCCUCCAUCCUUGGAAGAGACCAUCGUCCCUGAACUCGAGAGAGGAGACGCCAUCAUCAUGUUUGCCUCGCUCUUCCACGGCGGCGGCAACAAUACCACGUCUGACCAGCACCGGCUCGUCUACUCUACCUUUGCCGUUCGAGGAUACCUCAGACAAGAGGAGAAUCAGUAUCUGGCUGUUCCUAAGGAUAUUGUGAAGCAAUACGACAAGGCCACGCAGGAGUUCAUUGGUUAUUACAUUAGCGAGCCGGCUGGGGGCUGGGUUGAGGAGCUGGAUCCAUACUACACUCUGUAUCCUGAGAAGCUGAAGGAUGCCAAGUUAGAGGACUUUUAA